UCUGGAGAAAUAGAUUUACAAUGACGCCUAAUGACAGAGCAGACGAAUUGCAAGGAGAUUGAUUUUUAAUGUAACACGAGACACCAGAGCUGGGGCGCCCCUUCCCCAGCGCCAGCCCGUGGGAAGAUGUGAAGUUUUAAUAAUGCAGCAAUGGGGGAUUUUUUUUGUGGUUUGGUUCCCCACCCCCACCCCCCCGCAGCAAAGGCUCCGGACGCCGCCAGGGCAGGAGGGCCGAGCGGGAGCCGGGGAGAGCGGCGGUGAGGGGAGCUGCGGGCGGGAGAGCGCGCCGCUCCGCGCCAUGGCACGCCCGCGCUGAGGCCCGCGGCGCCGGAGCGCUCCGCCGCUCCAUUAUUAUUUUAUUUGCCCCCCUUCCCUCUUUUUUUCUCCCCCACCCCCGCAAAUAAAAGAAGAAAAUUAAUUAUAACAGUAAUCGGCAGACAGCGCGGGGCUGCGCGGCCCGCGGCGGGCAUGCCCGCCCUCCGGCCCGGGGAGUCCCCUCAGGGGAGCGGGGCCCGCCGCGGGGGCUGCCCGCCGGCCGCGGGGCUCCUCCGCCCUCCCCCUCCCGCCUGCCUCCCGCCGAACCAGCCCCCUCUCCCCACCUUCCCCCGCCGUGGCAAAUCCUGAAUCGCAAGAGAUCCGCUGGGCAUAGGGAGGGGAUAUAUAUGGGGUUUGGUUUUUUUUUCCUCCCCCCACCCCCCCCAAGACCUGAGGAAAUCCAGCCCAAGUUCGCCGCGAUGACUGUGCUGCUGGCAUCGGGGUUUCUCCGCGGCAUCCCUGCCUCUGGACCGCCUCGUCGCUGCUGGCUCUGAAUCCUCAACACCGGGUUAAAGCUUAAUUCUCAUGUUGUGGUUGCUGGGCUGCCGCUUUCCCGUGUUUUGCGAUGGGAGGUGGAGGAAAAGGGAUUGUCCGUGAGUCAACACUGAAAAUGUGAUUAGGAGGAACUGCUCUCACUGAUCUGUUUCUAACCUUUUAGUCCAUGUUGGCCUGUGACCCCUUUCAGCUUUCAGAUCGAGCCUGAUUAGACCACAACACUGGUCUCCCUAUGGAAGCAGCUGUUUCUAUCUCGCAUUGAGAACCCAUGGAGAAGCUGAGGAGGGGGAUGGCUGUUCAUAUCCACGAAGUCUGGAUACUUCUGUUUGUAAUCCCUGCUUUGGUCACUCCAGCUGCCAUCAAUCAUGAAGACUAUCCUGCUGAUGAAGGGGACCAGACCUCCAGUAAUGACAAUCUGAUCUUUGAUGACUACCGAGGGAAGGGCUGUGUGGAUGACAGUGGCUUUGUUUACAAACUGGGAGAACGUUUUUUCCCAGGACAUUCCAACUGUCCUUGUGUCUGUACUGAGGAUGGACCUGUUUGCGAUCAACCAGAAUGCCCUAAAAUCCAUCCAAAGUGUACAAAAGUGGAACAUAAUGGAUGCUGCCCAGAAUGCAAAGAAGUGAAAAACUUUUGUGAAUAUCAUGGGAAAAAUUACAAAAUCUUGGAGGAAUUUAAGAUCCUACAGGCAGGAACUGCUCCCUGUCCCUGCAGAAGAGUGAGUCCUGGGGACGUGGUUUUCAGUAGCAUGGUGCCAUCCUUCUCAAAGAAAAUGGCAGAAAUUUUCUAGCCACAGACAUUAAAAUGUCUCCAUUCGCCUGGCGAGACAUUGCGUGAGUUAUCCUUUGGGUGAGAACAGGAGAGGUUUUGGCAUCACAACUUGGCGUUCCUGGUGAUAGUCAUGUUAGAAGAGCAGCUUCAACCUGAAGUUUGAACUUGAGCUUGGAAACAGCUGUGAAUAUCAAGGACAUAUCUUGGGUGCUCUUCAGUGGCCGCCCUGCUUUCUACCAAGCACAGAGCUGCAAUCUCUUCCAGCCGUUGGCUCUGCCAGCACUGAACCUCUGCUGCUGCCUUUCAUCUGCCUGCCCCUUCCCCUGACUUCACUUCCUUGUUCUCUCGCCUUCCACCUUCGCUGCUCCCUUCCCAAACCCAUCCUUGCUCAGAAAGUCCCUAGUAGGUGACACCCAAAUGUUUUUCUCUUGCAGCAAGCACAUGUAGAGGGAUGGGAGAACAAUCCAUUGCCCCUGGGCAGGCCUGCGCACUGGGGUGAAAAAAGAGCAACAGGAAAAGAGAAAUUAUAGUUUCAUUCUUGGGCAAAAUCUCCACUGAUGUGAAAAGAGCCAGGAUUUCACUGCUGGAGUUCUACUUUAUUUUUCUUUCCCAUGUUGCCUGCCACUGUAUCUUAAGUUCAUUGCUUUGUUUUGUCCACAAAUCAUCUGUAAUCCUUCAGCUAGGGCUUCUGUAUCUCACUGACUUUAUGUCUUCUUGAGCAGCACUUUGCACAGUAGGGAUCACAGCUCUAACAGGGAUCUUCGGGGUAUAAUCAGAAUCCAAAAUAAAUGAGGGACUAUAUAAGCAUAGCAUUAUCAUAUACUAAUUCUCAGCUCAUUAUGAAAACCUUUGCUUUGGAAUAGUGGCACCUCCUUCUCCUUUGUUAAUGCUCUUUAAAAAUGUUUUAUUAAUGCAAUUAUCUCAAUAUAAGUUAACAAAAUAAGACCUCUCAUCAAAAGGCAUUAGCACAUCCAAGAGUGUAUUCAGCUCCUAUCCCACCAUCUCUCAGUCCCUGAAAUGCAGUGUGUCCAUUCUGCCACCGGAGAAAAGGAGGCAAUGAAACCAAAAAGUAAUUCCCCACCCCCAGAACCAUGCCAGAAAUAGAAAUUAUGCAGUGCAAACUACAGCCUUGCUCUGACCACUGGUUACCCUGCCUGGGAGUAGAACUUUAUCAAAUAUGGAUGAAACACUUGGGACAUUCAUGGAGCAUUACUGACAGGAUGAUGCUGUUAGGAGAAAAAGAAGAGUUUCUUGCAGCCCUGGUCUGAAAGGGAAGGUGAGGGGGAGAAAGCGUGCAACCAUCUGGUGUCUGGGGUGGUACACUGGGCUGCUGGCAGAGUCCUGCAGUUGUGCCCAGGCGUAUUGAACUGUCCAGCUGCAGGUGUGGGCUGUGGAUGCUCUGGUUUAUAUCAGCAUGAGAGAACAGAGAUACGACACCUGAAAUCUGAGGAGCUUCAUAAGGCCACCAGAAAAUCAAAGUGGGGAAGAAAGGAAGGUUCUUUACUGAGUUUUCUCCUCUGUUAUAUGAGUGUUCAGUUUCCUGGUGAAUCUUGGAAAGCGCUCAGAUCAUGGCAAGCUAAUAAUUGCAAGAACUAGCAUUAUUAAAACCUUUUGGUAGUAUACUAACCAGUCAUCCAAAUCACUAGUAGGUUUUAGAUCUCUGCUUAUAAAUUACAAGAAACUAAUUACUAACCCAAGCCAGCAUGGGGCCACAAUUCUAAUAUUGGCAUUUUUCUCUCCAAGAUACGUGCAGCAGGUUUUUUUUCUACUAUGACUCAAACAAAUGGGGCUUGCUUUUUUUCCCUCUUCUUCUUGUGUGUUCUGCAAUUUCACGUACGACUAGAAAAUCAUAAUAUAAAAGAAAUUUCAAUAACGUGCCUGUGCUUUAAUAAAAGGAGCCAUGAACAAUGCCAGCUCUGAAGAUAGCAUACAGCCAUUGAAAUCAGACAGGGGAAACAGAGCAUCAGUCAGAUGGAAAAGUAUGAUUUAUUAUCUCCCUCCUGGCAAAAUUACAGUGACAAUGUCUAUGCAAAGGAAUCUGAAAUCACUGACUUACUGUAUUUCUGUCAUAAUUUGUACCAACAAAACAUACUAAAAUAGAUAGGCAUGUCACAUAUUGAUCUACAGUGAUGCCUAUUUUAAAAAUUAUAUUAUGUACUUAGCUACUGAUUCUGUAACAUAUAUAUUACAUUAUGCACAAGUCUAUUAUUACAAUAGGUGAAAGAAGACGGGCUGUAUUCAAAAUUUGGCUACAAAAACAUCCAUGCUGUUGUUUUCCCCAGAUCACAGUAAUACAUAGAGGCCCCAAAAGCUCAGAGCUCAGUGGCGCCGGCUCCGCUACACACAGCUAGUCUCUCAAAGCUUCCCACUGAAAUAGACGAGACCCAAAACUCAAGCAUCAGCAUGAUUCAGAAUCACCAGGAAAUUACACACAAGCCCCCAGUGUUUUAGUCACAGUGCACCAAUAUGGGAGCACAGAGCAGAAUUUGGCCUGUAUGUGCAAGCCCAGGGGAUCAGUAUUUUUCCUGUAAACAUGACACAGGAAUCAACAUGUGCCCAACAUUUGUACCGCCAAAGCUGUAGCUGGGCUUUCAGAUAUGCGCUCCAGGAAAUAGCCCAUAGGCUCUGCUUGUUUCCAGAUUUGGGGGCUGUCCAAAGAGCUACUGAAAGAGAGGAGAUAUCUCUGCACAGCUGGAGAAGAGGCUCUGGCACUUCCUCUCCCCUCCAUUGCUGCUGGGAUGUGUAUUACAUACAACUGUUACCAGAUCUUCCAAGAGUGGUAAAAUCAAGUCUGAGGCUUUAUUAUCAUGCCAGACAAUGCUCAGUGAGGCCAAGGAUAUAAGCGCUUAUCGCUUGGCUCUCCCAAGCUGUGUCCAUCUCUGUCACCCGAGAUGUUUCUGUAGGGGUAGUGAGCGUGAGGUCCUCAAGUCGUCAGCUUGUGAAGAAGGAUGUUGUCCAUAGAAAUGUUGACAGAUCAGCGGCGAGAAGUUUUUUACACAACUGUUCCCUACCAGAGCGAGGGGAAGUGCAGGUGUGUGUUUGUUGCUACUGGAAUGUGCUUUAUGCAGAAUUGCAUUCAUUAAAAAUAAUGCUCAAUUAGCUAAUUACCCUAGUUAUUGUUUUUAAGACUGUAAUUAGAUAAGUCAUGUAAUGACAACGCUCAGCCUAGCUGCAAAAUAAAAAUACAUGUACUGUUA